AUCCGAAUCGGACCACUUGCCUGUAAUAGUAGAUAUGAAAACAUCACAUGACAUGACACGUGACAGCAAUCACGCCGAGCAUGCGCGUGCAGAGGUACACAACAUUGAGACAGAGCUAUGGGACGCUAGCCGUAAGGUGCAUCAGCUCGCGGUAUUGUCUGACACGAUGCCACUAUAUCGGGAAGUAAUGAUUCGGGCGACACUCUUGCUACUGAAUGCAAUUUGCAUAUGCAGUUCCUACAAAGAAACGAUUAACCUAGCCAGAGGCAAGCCAGCAACAGCGAGCUCUGUGAUUGGGCCCCUGCCUAGAGUUGCAACAGACGGUCUCCCAAACACUGAUUGGGGAUCUGGCAGUUGCUUUGCUGUGACCGAAGGAGACUAUCAUCCCUGGUGGCAAGUCGAUCUUGAAGCUUAUUCUGAGGUGUUUGAGGUUGCCGUGACAAGCAGGAGUGACUGUUGUCCUGAGAGACUACACGACUUCACAUUGGAGGUCUUAAGAAAGAACCCGGCCACCUCAACAAGCGCUAGGAGUGUGCUGUGUGGAACCUACAAUGGUGCGGUCACAGAACCAGGAAAGACUGCCAGUGUAAAAUGCAUUGGAUCUGUUAGAGGGCGAUAUGUCCGACUGAGGGGGACAAAGGACAGUGAAGGUGACAUCCUUCAAUUCUGUGAGGUCAAAGUUUUCGGAUCCAUUAUUGCUGAUGGCAGGUAUAAUCUGGCUAGAGGCAAGCCAGCAACAGCGAGCUCUGUGUAUUUGCCCCUGCCUAGAGUUGCAACAGACGGUCUCCCCAACACUGAUUGGGAAUCUGGCAGUUGUUUUCAUGUGGCAGUAGUAGGAGACUAUCAUCCCUGGUGGCAAGUCGAUCUUGAAGCUUAUUCUGAGGUGUUUGAGGUUGCCGUGACAAGCAGGAGUGACUGUUGUACUCGGAGACUACACGACUUCACACUGGAGGUCUUUAGAAGGAAUCCGGCCACCUCAACAGGCGCCAGGAGUGCGCUGUGUGGAACCUACAAUGGUGCGGUCACAGAACCAGGAAAGACUGCCAGUGUAAAAUGCAUCGGAUCUGUUAGAGGGCGAUAUGUCCGACUGAGUGGGACAAAGGACGGUGAAGAUGACAUCCUUCAAUUCUGUGAGGUCAAAGUUUUCGGAUCCAUUAUUGCUGAUGGCAAGCAUAAUCUGGCUAGAGGCAAGCCAGCAACAGCGAGCUCUGUGAUUGGGCCAUCGCCUAGAGCUGCAAUAGACGGUCUCCCCAACACUGAUUGGAAAUCUGGCAGUUGUUUUGCUGUGGUAGUAGGAGACGAUCAUCCCUGGUGGCAAGUCGAUCUUGAAGCUUAUUCUGAGGUGUUUGAGGUUGCCGUGACAAGCAGGAGUGACUGUUGUCCUGAAAGACUACACGACUUCACAGUGGAGGUCUUUAGGAAGAACCCGGCCACCUCAACAGGCGCUGGGAGUGCGCUGUGUGGAAUCUACAAUGGUGCGGUCACAGAACCAGGAAAGACUGCCAGUGUCGAAUGCAUCGGAUCUGUUAGAGGGCGAUAUGUCCGACUGAGGGGGACAAAGGACGGCGAAGGUGACCUUCAAUUCUGUGAGGUCAAAGUUUUCGGAUCCAUUAUUACUGAUGGCAGGUAUAAUCUGGCUAGAGGCAAGCCAGCAACAGCGAGCUCUGUGAUUGGGCCACUGCCUAGAGUUGCAACAGACGGUCUCCCCAACACUGAUUGGGAAUCUGGCAGUUGUUUUGCUGUGGCAGAAGGAGACGAUCAUCCCUGGUGGCAAGUCGAUCUUGAAGCUUAUUCUGAGGUGUUUGAGGUUGCCGUGACAAGCAGGAGUGACUGUUGUCCUGAGACACUACACGACUUCACACUGGAGGUCUUUAGAAAGAACCCGGCCACCUCAACAGGCGCUGGGAGUGCGCUGUGUGGAAUCUACAAUGGUGCGGUCACAGAACCAGGAAAGACUGCCAGUGUAAAAUGCAUCGGAUCUGUUAGAGGGCGAUAUGUCCGACUGAGGGGGACAAAGGACAGUGAAGGUGACCUCCUUCAAUUCUGUGAGGUCAAAGUUUUCGGAUCCAUUAUUACUGAUGGCAAGUAUAAUCUGGCUAGAGGCAAGCCAGCAACAGCGAGCUCUGUGAUUGGGCCACUGCCUAGAGUUGCAACAGACGGUCUCCCCAACACUGAUUGGGGAUCUGGCAGUUGUUUUGCUGUGGCAGAAGGAGACGAUCAUCCCUGGUGGCAAGUCGAUCUUGAAGCUUAUUCUGAGGUGUUUGAGGUUGCCGUGACAAGCAGGAGUGACUGUUGUCCUGAGAGACUACACGACUUCACACUGGAGGUCUUUAGAAAGAACCCGGCCACCUCAACAGGCGCUGGGAGUGCGCUGUGUGGAAUCUACAAUGGUGCGGUCACAGAACCAGGAAAGACUGCCAGUGUAAAAUGCAUCGGAUCUGUUAGAGGGCGAUAUGUCCGACUGAGGGGGACAAAGGACGGUGAAGGUGACAUCCUUCAAUUCUGUGAGGUCAAAGUGUUCGGAUCCAUUUUUGCUGAUGGCAAGUAUAAUCUGGCUAGAGGCAAGCCAGCAACAGCGAGCUCUGUGUAUGGGCCACUGCCUAGAGUUGCAACAGACGGUCUCCCCAACACUGAUUGGGAAUCUGGCAGUUGUUUUGCUGUGGCAGAAGGAGACGAUCAUCCCUGGUGGCAAGUCGAUCUUGAAGCUUAUUCUGAGGUGUUUGAGGUUGCCGUGACAAGCAGGAGUGACUGUUGUCAAGGAGACGAUCAUCCCUCGCGGCAAGUCGAUCUUGGAACUUAUUCUGAGGUCAUUGAGGUUGCCGUGACAAGCAGGAGUGACUGUUGUCCUGAGAGACUACACGACUUCACACUGGAGGUCUUCACCAAACCAGGCGCCAGGGGUGCACUGUGUGGAACCUACCAUGGUGCGUUCGCAGAACCAGGAAAGACUGUCACUGUAAAAUGUACCCGACCUAUUCAAGGGCGGUAUGUCCGAUUGAGUCGAAAAAAGAACGGUGAGGGUGACCGCCUUCAGUUUUGUGAGGUCAAGGUGUUUGGUUAUGCGUUUUAACCAAGGCUUAUAAAAGCAUGCGGACA